UUGACUUGCACCAACUUCGACGCAAAUUGUCGUUGGCGAAACGUGGAUGGUGUAUUCGUCGACGAAUUAGAUUGGUAUCAAGGUUCGGGAGAAUUAGAUGAGGCAAGAUUGGCUGUAGCAACAGCGACUCAUGUGAUGCCAGAUGGUGCUUAUGCGAUUGCCGCCACUGAUAUGGUGCAAUUUGCUGGAGUCAAGGCGGUUUUGGUGUCGGACACUAUUUCGUGUCAAAUUGGUGAUGGAGAGAUUAGAUUUAUGUGAGUUUGGGCCUGAUUUCUUUUCCUGAAACCCUUUGAACAAAAAUUUCAGGUACUGGACAUCUCCCGAAGUCCAACUCAAAGUCUGUGUCAAAAAAAUGGCCAAAGUCUAUCCAGACUUUGAUUUCUGCAGGUAAAGCAAAGGCCCAUCGUAAAUUAAUGGAAAAUUCCAGAAUUUUCAGCGCUCCCAUCGAUAAAAAUGACCCGGGCCCGGUGUUUGUCACCAUCCCCGAUCAAGGACCAGUACCUUUUCAGAUUUAUAUCAUCGCCGAUCAUUUCACAUUCAAUUCAGAGAACUUGAAAGGUGGGGGAUUCUAGAGGAUGAAUAAUAUAUUUGAGAUUGUUUAGGUGGAUUUGCGAUCAUUGAUUCCAUCGAAUAUUACGCCAAAAUGUGCGAUUCCUCAACUCAAACUCAUGAUCCAGACAGUAGAAGUAUCCCCUUGAUCCCAUUAGCUGAAUCAAAUGACUUCAAUGGUGUAGAAGACGAGAAGGUCACCCAAAAACGCUCAUAUUUCGAAAAUCCCACUGUUGCCCCAUUCCACUUGGGUGUUCCAAUGGGUGUCGAUUCGAAAACUGGAAUUUUUGAUUUCUCCUCAGAGCGGGAUCGGGAGAGAAAGCCAUUGCUAACAUCCAUGGUGAAAUUGCACGCUCCAACAUCUCACGCGGCAUCAGCGGAGCAACGUUUGACAUUUGAUGACAGUGAUAAUCGGGUUGAAGAUGAAGAUAUUGUUUCAACUGUCUGUGAAGCGAUUGUAUGCUCCUUUAACCAGACUGAAACUUGCACUAAGUAAGUGUUUCUAGAAUUCGGGAGGCUUGAAUCUAUAUUCUGAUUUUCAGCAUGGUCCACCAAUCCGCCUGGUUGAUAUCAAAUGAGCCAAUCGGAAAUCUGCUAACCGGGAUUCGAGGCGAUGCAUCGAUUCUACCCUACAAUCCAAGUAAGAAUCAGAUUUCCCCCGAACCUUUUUCAAGAAUCCGUUUUCAGAUGGCUCUUUCGCCUACGUUUCCGGGCCGCAUGAUCAAAUCCGACUUCAAACAAUCCCAUUCACCGUUGACAGAUCGGUGACAAUUGUUUUCAGCUACUAUAAGGCUGAUAAGAUUUCGCAUCUUCAAGCAAUUCUAAAACCUGCAGAUUCUGCGGAAAGAAUUGUGUUUGAUUCACCGAAAAUCACCAAGAAUUCGAGAAGAUGGUUCAGGGAAAGCUUGCAGGUCCCAGCUGGAAAUUAUGAUUACGUGGGUCACUUUUUGGAAGGUUCUAACUAGAAUCUAGAAUUUCAGCUAAUCUUCCGUGUCAAAAACCUGCGCGCUAACACAUUCAUCGGAAUCGAUGAGAUGUUUGUGGUUGACGAUCGUCGAAAAUCCUUCUGCUUUACUGCUCAUUAA